AGGCUGCAGCAAAUGCUAUUCACUCAUCGCUCAGGUACCACAAGAUGACGCAGCAGAUAUGUCUCUCCCAUCCUAUAUACCAACGCUCUUUGGUAUAUGAAUGUACAAUUGAAAGAAAGAGAAAACACUUCUUCUCUCUGCCCCACACUUGAAAUCUCACUUCAAUUCAGAUAAGGACGUGCUACUACUGUUCAUUGCAAGUUCAUCCUUCCAAGUUCCAACCCCACCACCUUACUGUUCUUUCUCACACUCCUCUUCACCCAUUUCCAGAUAUUUUUUCUUCUUUAGCUAAAAGAUCUCGUUUUCAGCAUAGCUGGAUACACAAUCAUACACUAUUCUGCUUCCAUUGAAAUUUCAAUUACAUUCACAAGAUUUGUGCUUUAAGUUCCCCCCUUAAUCAUGCAUAAGGAAAGAAGUGUUUUUGCUCUCCGGGUUUGAUUGUUGAGAGUGUUAAGAUUGUUUGUUCAUGCAAUGGCAUUGAUUUCUUUAAUGGGGUUCGGCUGUUUAUGCUAGAGUGUUUGUUUGUGGGGAUAUUCUGAAGAUUGCUUUGUGAUAAAGGGUGCAUUUGGGAUCGCAUAUGGUUGGAUGAGAGUGGACCAUACUUGCCGUCCUAUUUUCCUUUUUUGUGUCUUUUCCACAUUCAAGUCUUGUCAUUUCUCAUGCCUCACCAAGUUUGGUGUUCAAGAAUCAAGAGUCUUCGUAGUUUAUCUUAUCCGAAGCUGCAAGUGUGCUAGCCUGGAUGUUAUGAAGAUCAGGCCUUCUGUGGUUGAAGAAGAGUAGAGAUUCUCGCUUUCUUGUACUCUCAAGUUUGGCCACUGCUUGAAUUGGAGCCUAUUUUGUUUGAGUUGUUCUGAAGAAGAAAAUAAAUGUAUGGAUCCAAGGGAAGCUAUGACUUUACCUGGAGGAUCAGCUCCCUAUUAUAUGCAGAGAGGGAUGACUGGGUCUGGGGUUGGUUUUCAGGGAACAAUGAACAUUCAUCCCUCAUUAACUGGUGUUAAUGUCCCAUUUCAAUCAAGUAGUGGAAGUGGUUCAAUUGGGCAAACGUUAAUCAUGGAGCCUUCUUCAACAAUGCCACCUAGAGGUAGUUCUGGUGCACCAACUGCUAUGCCACAGACUGAGCCUGUGCGCAGGAAAAGGGGAAGACCUCGGAAGUAUGGAGUUGAUGCCAAGGUUUCAUUGGCAUUGACUCCCUCUACUUCUUCUCCUGCAGCAAGAUUAACCCCAUCCCAAAAGAGGGGUCGAGGAAGGCCACCAGGGAGUGGCCGGAAGCAACAGUUAACUACUCUUGGUGGAUGGAUGUCUAACACAGCUGGAAUUGGUUUCACUCCACAUAUCAUUACCAUUGCUGUAGGGGAGGACAUUACAACAAAGAUAAUGUCAUUUUCACAACAAGGGACAAGAGCUGUGUGCAUCUUGUCAGCAAAUGGUGCUCUUUCCACUGUAACUCUUCAUCAACCAUCAACUUCUGGUGGCACUGUUACAUAUGAGGGCCGGUUUGAAAUACUGUCUCUCUCAGGCUCCUACUUGGUCAGUAACAGUGGUGGUCCAUCGAGCAGGAUUGGUAGUCUAAGCGUAGCUCUUGCUAGUCCAGAUGGUCGCGUCAUAGGUGGUAUAGUAAGGGGAGUCCUCAUAGCUGCCAGUCCUGUUCAGGUAAUAGCAGGGAGCUUUCUAUGUGUUAAUUCAAGGGCAAAGAGCAAAGCCAUAGAGAGGGUAGAAGGCGCAGGACAUUUGGAUAGCCAGACUAUUGACAAUUCUGUAUCUCCCAGUAAUACUCAGCAGAACCAGACUCUGAACCUGGCCUCUUCAACGGGUGUCUGGCCUGGUUCAAGCCAACUGGAUUCACAUGCUUACCACACUGACAUUGAUUUAAUGCGAGGAUAACAACGUCAGAUAGCAGGCAGAUGGGCUGUACAUAUUGUGCUGAAGCCAACGUAGUCGAACAUCUCCAGCUGCAACUUCUUGGACUAAUCACAACUCCCUUGUAAGUUAGGACCGUUACGGUUUGCAGUUCGACAGAGAAAUCUAGUGUGUUUUAUGGUUUGAUUCUGUUCUUUGCUUUAGUUUGGACAACAUUUAUUCUGUGGGCAUAUUUUGAUCCUUGAAAACCAAAAACCUUUUACUAUUUAUUAUCAGAAAUCAUCAAACACAGA